GCACUUUGUUAAUUUAAGUGUUGUUUAUGGAAUACGGAUAAUGUAUGCUGCCCAAAUAUAUGCAUCUUUGAGUGUGAGAAUGAGUCAUGUGUUUCCUAAACCGACUCGUUAGCCCGGCUGGCUAGCUGACCGUACAUUACCAACAAAGAGACUCGGGAGUUCGCUACCGGACGACGAAACACGUCGUAAGUCGGCGUUAACUUUCAGGAAACAAAUGUCACGCUGACCCGUUCGACUUAAAUGUUGCUUACUAGAUUACUAUAGACCUAAAGUUAGCUGAGGUUGUGGCUUCGUUCAACACAUUUUAAGACCUCGUUUGCUGCCAUUUCUUGCGGUUCAGUAAAUCCGCCCUACCGUAAAUAACCGAGUUUACAUGUAUUAUCGCGUAAAUCUGAAUUUUAGCCAUAUUAGUAGAAGUGUGUUGAUUGAAAUAUAUUGCAACGUAAGGCUGGAGCUUGCUAUUGCAACUCAUUGUAUAUUUUGUUUAUACGGUAUAUACUGUUAAAAUACAAUGUAAAACCGUACAUUUAUAGCACCAGCAGGUUUUGUAUGCGUCUCACAAUAAUACGGGUAGGUGUUUAAGUAAAUACCCACGUGUGAAGACCUGAAUAAAUGAGAGUAACUCACAAACAAACGUCGAUGCUUCCCUUUGGGGCACACAGGUUAUUGAGUAUGAGCACGAUGUGAAUCAUUUGCUAGGGCUUUUGCUGUCACAUUUUCUCCACAUGGUGCACUACUUUUUAAGAUUGUUGGAAAUUCAUUUCCCUGUUUUUAAAGCUUCCAGACUUGGAUCCGAGGGCCUCUUCCAUUUUUGACCUGAGCUAAUCAUUUACUCAUGGCUGCAUCCCUGGUUUAGUUUUUUAUUUUUGUCUAAAUUAAGGAAGUGGAGGCCAAAGGACUACGUUUACGAUUGGAACUAGGAUCAGGACCACCUCUACAUCUAUUUGUGAAAGGAAGAAGUGAUCAAGUCUACAGGCGCCCCAUUCUGUGUCAGCAGAACCAAACCCUCAAGCACCAUGUCAGAUGGCCGGAUCUAUGUGGGAAAUCUUCCUGUGGAUGUCCAGGAGAGGGACAUUGAGGAUCUCUUCUACAAAUAUGGAAAAAUCCGUGACAUCGAAUUGAAGAACAAUAGAGGCACUAUUCCUUUUGCUUUCGUCCGAUUUGAAGAUCCACGGGAUGCGGACGAUGCCGUCUAUGGAAGGAAUGGAUAUGGUUAUGGAGACUCCAAGCUACGUGUGGAGUAUCCUCGAUCUUCUGGUGCUAAAUUUGGCCCUAUGGGAGGAGGUGGCGGAAGAGGUGGAGGAGGUGGUGGUAGAGGAGGAGGAGAAGCAGGAGGAGGUGGUGGAGGAGAAGGAGGACCUAGGGGAAGAUUUGGACCCCCAACUCGAAGAUCUGAAUUCCGGGUCAUAGUGACUGGCUUGCCACCAACUGGGAGCUGGCAGGAUCUGAAGGAUCACAUGCGAGAGGCAGGGGACGUUUGCUUUGCAGAUGUGCAGCGUGAUGGAGAGGGCGUGGUGGAAUUUCUCCGUCGAGAGGACAUGGAGUAUGCACUACGCAGACUGGAUCGGACCGAGUUCCGGUCUCAUCAAGGCGAGACUGCGUACAUCCGCGUCUUUGAGGAGAGGGGCACCCCGAACUGGAACCGGUCGCGUUCCCGCUCCAGAUCUCGCUCCAGAUCUCGCUCUAGAUCUCGCUCCAGAUCCAGAUCCAGAGGUCGCUUUUCACCUCCCUUUAAUAACAGAGGAUCUCCUCCUGCACGCUACCAGUCGCCUCCACGCCAUUCUAUGUCACGCCAUAGUCCACCCCCCAGGAGGCACCCAUCACAAAACCAGAGCCCACCGCCACGUAAUUACCGGUAGAAAGGCCUGCCAGUUAUCGAGGAAUUGGGGAAAUUUUUUGUAAUUCUUCUUCUCCUUUUUUUUUUUUUACCCCAGGCCUCCUCACAUGAAACAUCAUUGUUAUUUCUUGCUACUUACAUUCCAUUGUCACGAUCACCUGAACACCGUGCUUCUCCCCACAGCCUUAAAUAUAGUUGUCUGUGUUCUGUAAACACCCGUAUGUGUUAUCUUGAAUCAGUCAAUUCGUUUUUUGUUUUAAUUUUUAAAUUUCUUUUUCUUCUUGGCGAUGAAAUUGUAUUUGAUUACAAUAUAACAUUUGGGAGGUUUCUUUUAUAAAGAAAUCCUGGGUUGUGAUGUCAAACCUUGACAGGAAUCGUAAUGUUUUUUGUCCAAAACAAAUUACACAAUUCUACAGCCAUCAGGCUUGGAGUCAUACUGCUUCUGAAAUCCUUGACAAAAUAUUCUUUACUGUGUGUCACAUUCCUGUAUCUUUAAGUAUGCUGUUUUUUUUGCCAAUUUAAGAACCUGUGAAGCUAAUCAAUAUCAUAAUGCAAUUCAUAACAUGUAAAAUUAGUCACGCUUUUAGAGUAGUGACCCAUGUGGACUGAGCAUCACUUGCCAGAUAUCUUUUUUUAUGUUUGAAUCUUUGACUGAGGUGGCCUGUAGGUCUUCAAUGUUAUUUGUUUACCAAUUAAAUGUAAACUUUUA